AUGGCUCCAGCCAACAAGAAGUCCAACCCUAAGAAGGGCAAGGGCAUUGCUGACCGUAGGGCCAGUGAGGGCUCAAGAAGCAAUAGUAGUGUCGUGAAGACGGCGACGUCAAAGGCAGCUGAUGAGGAUAAGGAUGAGAGAUUCGUGAUGGACUCCGCGCGGUUCAAUAAGGUCCCUAUGGCCGUACGGAAGGUCCAACUGGAUGAUCGUUUCUCGAAAGUGUUGACGGAUAAAAAGCGUGACGCUAGAGCAGGUAUAUAUAAGGUUUUGGAUGUGUAA